AAAAUGAUCCAACAUUAAAUUUUAAAUUAAAUAUCUUUCAAUAUUGGAAUAUAGGCAACUCAUGUUACUAAUACUGCUAUCUUUUUUUAACAAAUGCAAAUAAAGAUAUUUUCAUCCUUUUCUUAAAGCCAUAACUCAACGUCAACGUCAACAACAAUAUAACCUACAAAUUUCUCUUAAACAAAACCAAUUUUAAUCUUGAAAAUUUUGAUUAAUUUAAACCAUUUCGUCUCCUUUUUGAAGAAUGGAAUCGGCAAAUGCACAUAGAAAAAUGUUAACAGCUGCGGUUUCGACAACCUUAUUAUCCAUGGGUGUUGAUGCAGCUGAUAGAGAUGUUUUGGAAAGUUAUACAGAGAUGAUGCAGUGCUUUUUAGUAGAAGUUGGUUAUUUGACUAAAAAUUACUGUGAACUCUGUGGCAGAACGGAACCAACCAUAGCAGAUGUAAUUUUAGGCUUUGUUGAUAUGGGUUUUGAUGUGUCUGGUCUUGAACAGUUUAGUAAAAAACUUAAAAUAAAUCCAUUACCUUCUUUGCAACCACAACAAAUUCCAAAACAAUUCAAUAUGUUACAAGCAGGAACAAAAUUGCCUUUACCACAUAAUAUUCCACAGCAUUACCCACAAUUUCCAGAUCCACAUGCUUAUAUUAGAACACCGACACAUAAACAACCUGUAAUCGAUUAUGAAGCAAUUCGUGAAAAAUAUGCUGUUCAAAAGAAAGAUAUGGAAAGAGCUUUAACAAAGUUUUUGGCAAAAACAAGUCAAAUUCAUAAUUUAUUUGAUAGUGAUGAAGCUAACAUGUAUCCAUUGAUUGCUUGUAAACCACAAUUUCCGCCUUACUUGAAUGCCUUGCUUCCUCAAGAUCAAAUUUUUGAUCCCGAAGAUUUAGAAUAUGAUCCAAAAGCACAAGAAGAACAGUCUCCCCCGAAAAAGAGGCUCAAACAGGAUCAAAAACCUUCUGAAGUUGCUCCAGAACCAGAAGAAGAAGUUGUUGAAGUUAGAGAAGAACCUAAAGUUGAAGAAAACACUAGUUCUCAAAGUUUUGAUAUUGAUAAUCCUUAUUUGGCUGCCACCAAACUUCCAGCAAAAGGAGAAUAAUAUUUUGAUGUUAGAUUUAUUAAAAAUUAAAAACGAU